CUUCAUCACUUUCUGAGAGGUGUCUCAUUUAACAACAGCGUUGGUGAUAAGGUUUCUUUUGACCAUAAUGGGGAGUUGGUAUCUGGAUUUGAUAUUAUAAACUGGAUUUUUUCAUCAAACCAGUCCUUUCAGAGAGUGAAGGUUGGGAGGAUGGAUCCACAAGUUCCCCCAGACCAAACACUCACCAUUGAUGAAGAUGCCAUCAUAUGGGACAACUGGUUUAAUCAGACACAGCCUCUUUCAGUAUGUACCGAGAGUUGCUAUCCUGGUUACAGAAAGAAAAUGAAGGAGGGGGAGCCAUUUUGUUGCUAUGAUUGCACUCCAUGUCCAGAAGGGAAGAUAUCUGACCGGAGGGACAUGAAUGACUGUAAAAAGUGUGCAGAGGAAUACUAUCCAAAUGCAAAUCACAGUGUAUGCAUUCCCAAGGAUAUCAGCUUCUUGUCCUAUGAAGAACCCUUGGGCAUCAUUUCAGCCAUUUUUGCCUUUUUCUUUGGUUUGAUUACAGCUCUGAUACUAGGAAUUUUUCUGAAGAACCAUGACACUCCUAUAGUGAAAGCUAACAAUCGGAUCCUCACCUAUACUCUCCUCAUCUCUCUCUUGUUCUGCUUUCUCUGUGCAUUGCUAUUCAUUGGCCGACCCAAGAAGGUGAUAUGUCUUCGACAAACUGCUUUUGGCAUGAUCUUCUCUGUGGCUGUUUCUUGUGUCCUGGCAAAGACACUUAUUGUGAUUUUGGCUUUUAUAGCCACCAAACCAGGGAGAAAAUUGAGGAAGUGGGCAGGGAACAGAUUGGCCCACUCCAUUGUUCUUUUCUGCUCUCUUAUUCAAGCAAUCAUCUGUGCUGUGUGGCUGGCAGAUUCUCCACCAUUCCCAGAUGUUGACAUGCAUGCAACACCUAAAGAAAUUAUACUGGAAUGUAAUGAGGGGUCUGUUACUAUGUUUUAUUGUGUCUUGGGCUAUAUGGGUUUCUUGGCAGUGAUCAGUUUUACUGUGGCUUUUCUUGCCAGAAAGUUACCUGAUAGUUUCAAUGAAGCCAAGUUUAUCACAUUCAGCAUGCUGGUCUUUUGCAGUGUUUGGGUAACCUUUGUUCCAACCUACCUAAGUACCAAGGGGAAAUAUAUGGUGGCUGUGGAGAUUUUCUCUAUCUUAGCCUCCAGUACUGGGCUGCUAGGUUGCAUAUUUUUCCCUAAAUGUUUCAUUAUUGUGUUGAGGCCUGAACUGAACAAUAGGAAACAUCUAAUGAUCAGAAAGGUUUAA